CGAUCACAACACCACACAAAUGUGUGGAGUCCACCUGUGGAAUAUUUAAGCACGAGAAGGCCCCUUGAACUGCAACAGAUAUCACAAAUUACAACAGAUAUCACAAAUUACUUCACAUAUCAAUUCAUAUAAUUCACAAUGGUUUCUAUUGCUAUCGUCGGAACUUCCGGUGCUUUGGGUGCCCCAGUGCUCAAGGCUUUACAAGAGCCUCUUUUUGCAGACAAAAUCGAUUUCCCCAUUAAAGCCAUUACCACCAAAGACAAGUCUUCGGAGUCGUCGGACAAGGUCCAGUAUAUCCAGGGAGAUGUCACAAAGGAUACCUCUCUGUUGGCUGAACAGUUGAAGAAUACCGAUGUGUUCAUCAAUUUGGCCCACCCAGAUCCAGCAGUGUUGGGGGGUGUUGAAAAACUCAUCACCACCAUCAAACCAAAGCUUUACUUCCCAUCCGACUUUGGGGUGGACUUCAACAAGCCCGACGCGAAAACCCUCCAUCCCAUUGUUCGGGGCAAGAGGGAACAUGCCCAGAGACUUAGAGAUGCUGGCAUUAAGGUGGUUCAAGUUGCCACUAAUUAUUUCAAAAUCCCCCCAGUUUUCUUGACCGUGUUCUUCGGACAUGUUGGUCUUGAUGUGGCUGGAAAUACCUAUACCAAAGUGGUUGAUGGUAACGAUAAAAUCCAAUUUUCUACCGCUUCUGAUAUUGGAAGAACCGUGGCUGCUAUUGCUACUACCGAUCCAUCCAAGGUCCAAGACGCCUACAGGGUGUUUUCAGACGAAAAGCCAAUCGCCGAGGUUGUGGCUGAGAAGGAAAAGGAGCUGGGAACUGAAUUUAAAGUCAACGAAAUCAAAGUCAAAGACUUACACGACCAGUGGCUUACUCAACUCGAGGGCAAGGAUCCAGACUUCAUUGCCUUCUUGUUUCAAUCCUGGGCUGCCGGUGUUGCUGGUGGCGCGAUCUUUGAGACCCGUGACAGGGAAGUGGUGAACCCAGGCCAGUCUUUGUGGAAGUGGGAAAAGUGGGAUACCUAGUUAGAUGUUAGUGUUUAGUUCUCAAAUUGAUAGUUUUGCAACCGCG